AGUAAGCUAUUACGGACACUAUGAAGGUAUGGUGUAUGCGGCGCGUGUUAAGUUCGCCCUGACAAUGAACGCGGAAUAAAUGCACUUCUAUCCAUGAGACCAUGUGGGUGUACCAGCAUGUAGCCUAUUUUGACGGGGGAAUCACGUGAUUAAAUACUUAGCCGUCGCCACCCGCCACCACGACUGUGAGCAGACCGACACUAUGCCACAACCACAACCCAUAGAUACGUAGCUCAACCAUUUCGUAUCCUUCGGAAGCAAGCACGGCUAACCGAGGCUCAUCUUUAACGUGCAUACAUAUAUGUGUGUAUAUAUAUAUAUAUAUACAUCCACCACACACAUAUGUAUACAUCAUACAUUCAAUAGAUACGAAAGUACGAUAGAGACGAAACUGCUAACGUGGUAGGUAGUGGUUAGACACACAGAGAGCGCGGUAGGAGGCCAAGCACUGGCUUGGUGUUCAGAAGCGGUGUUAACAAGGGCUACAGUGAACUUCGUUUGACGACAUGAUAUUCGCGAGGCUCGUGUACAGUCUACGAUAAUCGUUUGUACCUAAACUAAAAAAAAACCAUGAGUGUUCAACACGAUCAUACACAUAUACAAGACUAUUAUAUACUAUAUACGUACAUAAAAUUAUGUAUUAUAUAUAUACAUAAUUAAGAGUACAAUGCUCUAUAUGGUUACAAAGCUACACAAUACAUACAUCUUUUAUAAGUGCUAUCUUCUCGUGUUUACAUACUCGUACAGUUAGAGUGUACAUGUGUAGAUGUGUGCGUGCGCGCGCGCGCGUGUGUAUUUGUGUGUGAGAGAGAGAAAAAAGAAGCAAGGUGGAGUAUUUGUAUCGCAAAAACGACGUUCCAUGGGUGAGUGGGGAGGAGAAUACAGUCUUGUCAUAAGAAGUGCCAGUCUAAACAGUAAUAUCCAGACGAACUAAUAUCACGUGUAGACUGUGAAUGAUUCUUUCCCUUGUCUGUGUCAUCGAUGUAUGUAUUACAUUGAUAAUUGAUGUACGAUGUCAUAAAGAAUAAUGCGUGUCUUUUCGAGUAGUCGGUGUCUCGGUGCGAUCGAUAUUACUCGGUCGCGAUGUACCGAGUCGAUUUAUUCUCCAAGAGUGUCACUCGUCCUGGUGAUGAUAUUCAUCGAUCGAACGUAUCGUCGAUAUAAUUACUGCGACAAAUAGCAUUAACGAGAAUAUUUAAUUGGUUGUGUCGGUGGUGGUCAUACGGUAACGACCGAGAGUGGCCAGUGUAAAGUGUAGAGUGACAGUGGCGACGACGGUGGCGGUGACUGCGACGGCGGCGGCAGCGACAGUGGUGGUAGAAAUAGCUGUGGCGGUGGCGGUCGAAUGGCGGUCGCGAUCGCGAUAGCUACUAUAGGUGACGGUGGAUACGAUAAUAUCGCGGACGGUGACGAUAGAAACGAACGCCAGUGAUAACCAAGCUCGCGACACAAUGCGCGUACAUCGCUCCAGAGAACGUAAAACUGAUAUGAAAAUAACGUAAAACAUGGGAAAAUAUGCAAAUGAAAUCAGCGAGAGGUAGAAACGGAGCAAGUUGCGAGGAAUAAUUUCAUCGAUGGUGUAUUCCAGUAGUGUAUUGGUAAUAAAUGGAAAAUUGAACAAGAACAAAACAUUAUACGGAUUAUACGUAUAUUGGUAGUGGAAUGUACUGAAAGAUUGAAAGAGAAUUAUCAUGUACAUGGAGGUUCCGUUGCGAUGGACAAUAGACUGCGGAUAAUAUAAUAUUACAAGGGGAGAAGACACAUGAACGGGUUAAGCUUGUUCCCGAGUGAGAAACAGAAGCAAUGAAGAUGGAACAUAAGAUGAACACUUUGUAUCUUUAACCGAAUGUUAAGCUUUUCCGUAUAAUGAGGAACGGGAGCUAAUACGUCGAAUUAAAUAUUCGGAGAGUGAACGUAUAUAUUGUGGGUGUAAAUACGCCUAUAUUAUGAGUCGUACAAAAUAGCGUGGUAUGUCACGAGUCUCGGGAAUUUCGUGUAAGGCUGUUUUAUCUUCUGCAAUUCUUUUCACGUAGAUACGAAUAAUGGAGACGUUAUUGCCGGGGAAUACGAACAGUCAAUCGUAUAGCCCGCAGCUGAAGACCGUGUUGAAGACAUAUCAGUUAUCCGCUGUGAAAAGCUUACAGGGCCCGAGCUCAGCCCUGCUUGGUAUGGACUGCAAAAGUUUACUGCAGGAACAACCUUGUUACUCUGCCAACCGAUCGAGUAGUUGCGUUAUCGACUCCGAACAGAUCUCCAAAGACACUGAAAAGGACAAUAAUUCGUCGGUGACGCCUAUCGGCCCUUGCAAAGUUCGCAGAACCGAUCAACCACUCGAAGAUUCUGACGAAGACCCGCAAUUGGAACGAUCAAAAAAUAUCUGUGAAAAGAGGGAAUUGGAGUUUCAGAUACCCAUUUUAACAGCUCCAGACCAAAGUUGUUCUGAAAGAUGUGAGACGAUCUUAGAGGGCGAGAGAAUAUCGUGUUUUGUUGUAGGGGGUGAAAGGAGGUUAUGUUUACCACAAAUAUUAAACACUGUUUUGCAAGAAUUUUCUCUUCAUCAGAUCAAUCAAGUUUGCGAUGAGUUGCAAAUCUAUUGUUCACGAUGUACCAGAGAUCAGUUGGAAGAACUUAAGCAUUCAGGAAUCCUACCACGCAAUGCUCCUUCCUGUGGCCUUAUCACUCAAACAGAUGCCGAGAGGCUUGUCAGUGCUUUACUACUACGGACAGAGUCGUGCGAUCCCUCUCAGAUCGGUAAUCAAGAUAACAUCGACAAGAAAGCAUGUACUAAAAAUGACAAUGAUGAAGAAUCCAUUGUCAAGUUUAAGGUGUAUCAUGAGUGUUUCGGAAAAUGUAAAGGCAUCUUUGAUGCAAGUUUGUUUGAGUCAGAUGAUUCAGUGUGCAUAGAGUGUAUCGAAUGUGGCUGCCAAUUCUCACCUCAACGUUUUGUCAGACAUGCUCAUAGAUCUCUUGAAAAUCGUACGUGUCAUUGGGGCUUUGAUUCAGCAAAUUGGCGGUCAUAUUUGUUGCUUUCACGAGAUCAAGAACAUUAUAAUAAGUCACUUACUUUGUUUCGAGAAUUGAAGGAAAAACAUCUCACAUUGGGUUCCAAGCGAAAAUCAGAGUUGCGGCAUGAUUCAGAAAAAAUAAAACGAAUUAGGAAGGAUAUAGGAAGAGAUGAUUGUCCAGGAAUUUAUAAUGGAAAUGGCUUAGGCAUGUAUCAUCCUGUAUCUCAGGUAGCCAAUGCAACUGAUCCAUAUCUACAAAUGUCAUGGGCAGUCUUUGAAUUAGCGGCUAGAGGAGCAUCAGCUUUUAGACCAUGGAAUAACACAAAUACUUGCAAGCAUAAGGAUAAUUCAUCAUUGGUGCCUGCGUAUCUCAGUCGUGGUCCACCUGUACUACAACAUCCAGAGCACGUGGUUCCUCUCUCUGAAUGCAAACGUUUUGAACCACACUUUCAACCAAAUGUAGCCUUAGCACCUAUACCUGCACCAUCAGUGCCUGUAGUACUUCCACCAUCUGCUCACCACCAACGACGACAUCAUCAUGAUCAUAAACGUUAUAACCAUCACACAUCGAGUUCUAACGAGAAGAAAGAAGCUUCGUCGGAUAAUGUCAAAUCUGAGAAAAUAUCCCCUAGUUCUGGAUCUAGUAUUGGUGUAUAUUCUGCAUUCCCUUCUUACACACCUGGAAGCAAUCAGAAAGAACUGCCUCAAAAAACUAAACAUGAAAUAGGUGAAGAAGAAGAAAGUAGUGCUGCUGUAACAUCGUCUACGAUAAAUAUAGAACCACCUUUGGCUGAAAUUGGAACCUCUUCACUGGAAAGUGAUUCUGAUUCGGAAGGAACGGCAGCGAUAGAUUUGGAGGAAAGGUUAUUAGCUUUGGAAGCACCACAAGAUGUUUUGGAAAUGGCGCGACGCAUAGUUUUAGAAAAUGCACAAUUACGACGUCAUCGACGUUCGGAUGCACGUGAAAUAUUACGAUUACGUAAUCAAUUGCAAAUGCAGCAAAUACAAUCAUCUAAUGAUGGUGAUAAAAAGGAGGAACCAACAAACGCAGCGAGUGCAGCAGAUAGUACAGAAGGUAGUGAAGAAAUGGAAGCUUUAUUACCAUCAAAUAAUAAAGAGUCUGAACCUGUUGUUCUAGCUGUUAGUAAAGAAUAAAAUCAGUGAUUAGAGUUUUUUAAAUUAUUUAAUACAAAACUGCUCAGAAAUUUUUUGCAACGCUCAUCUUUUAUUGGAUAAGCAUGCAUUAAAUUUAGUACUAGUUAUAAUAAUGAUAAUGAUGAAUUCUAAAUAAAUAAAAACUGUUUAGGUUAUGUGAUAAAUAGAGAGCCUUAAACAUUAUAACCAUUAAUUUGAAAUUUUUAUUGUAAUCAUACUUUGUUUAUGUCGAUUUUAAUUAAAAUCGAAUGUAGAUAUUGUAAUAUAGAG